AUGGCCGACUCAACACCUCGCAAGCGGUCGCGUGCCGCCUGUCUAUCCUGUCAAUCGCGCAAGCGUAAAUGCUCCGGUGAGCAGCCAUGCACUACCUGUGUCCAGGCCGGCGUCGAGUGUUACUACAGCGCGGCCCCGCGCAAGAAACGCGCCAGCUCCAUGGGUAAUCGGGCCCUACCAGCAGAUGGAUGGUCCAAUCGACUUCCUGUCAGCGCUGCGGGCAAUGUUGCAUCUCCGGCCUCUCGCGUGAACAGCUCCCGUGGAGUCGGUCAUUCCUUAGAGGCCAACUCUGGGGCGGCGUUUGUUCGCAAGCUUGGUCUACGAAUUGACCCAGCACGCGCCCCCAGACUACAUCUGUUCGCAUGGAAUGUCGGCGAGAGGCGUGUAUCACCGGCUGUCGCCUCGCCCAUAGCGUCGCCGGCGUCAAUUACCACGAUCAUCUCGCAAGAUGAGAUGCAGCGCUUGGCAGUCAUUUACUUCAAAAAGGUCGAUCCAUGCUACGCUUUCCUAGACCGGAAGAGCAUCUUUGCCCAUACCGUCCAACGCUGGUCGAACCUUCCAGUACCAGCCCCCGAGCCUCUGGAAACUCAGCCCUACGAUGCUGUGCUAUGCGGCGUGGCAGCAUUUGGGCUCUUAUUCUCCCAGCGCGAGAUCACGCCGACUGAGCGCCAGCUCGUUGAUACAGCCCACGUGCUCCUUGAAAAAACCAUCCUCUGCGCACAAACACCAUCAGUCGAGAUCGUAACCGGAUGGGUUCUUCGAACGGCGUAUCUCCGCAUGACAGCCUCUCCCCACGCCGCCUGGAUGGCCAGCUGCACACUGAUGCAUCUCAUCGAGGCAGCAGGCCUUCACCUCGACAAACCAGACCCAGACUCCACAGGCCUGAUCGCAACGCCAAACCAAAAUGGAACCGCCGACACAAACGACACUGGCCGCCGACUAUUCGGUAUGGCCCGCCACCUAAAUACCUGGAUAUCAUUCGAUCUAGGCCGCUCAAGAGUCGUCCUCCAUGGAGCAACAACACAUUCCCCAACCACUCAAUCCCUCCCAUCCACCUCUUCAUCCUCUCCCCCGUCCCAAAAGACAGACCUAUAUCACCUCCUCCCCAUCUCCGAAAGCCUCGACCCAACCGGCUCAGCACCCCAAGACCUCCCAGAACUCGAAAAAGCCCUCUCCUCCGUUCUAUCCCUCCUCUACACAACCCCCUCACUAAUCCUAGUCCAAUGCAACCUAACCCUCUGCAUCUACCGCCGCGUCCGCGCCCUAAACGCCCACGCCCUCCUAACAUCAACAAUCCUAGACCGCGUACUCGCUCUCGCGGCUCGCGGUCUCCGCGCAGCAAGAGAAAUGGUCUCUGCCUCAAGCCCCUGGCAUCAGGUUGCCAAUGUACCGUUCCAGGUCGUUUGCACAUUACUUGCUAUCGAUAAUCGCGCUGCGUUGGCUUUACUUCCUGAUGCGAUGCGGACGCUGGGGGCGGUGGUGGCGGCGUAUGAUACGGGUGUUAUGCGGGAGUCGUAUUCGACGGCUUAUUUGCUUAUUGCGUUGCAUCAGAGGAGGAAGGAGGAUGACACGAGGGCGUUGGCGGAUGUUUUGAGGGCGAAUGCGUUGGCGAUGGCACCUGAGACGGAGGGAGUUGGUGGUGUUGGGGUGGUGCCUGGGUUGGAGAUGGGGCGCGUUUCUGAUGUGGAGUUGUCUUGGUUGGGGGAUUUGAUGAUUGAUAUGCCGAGUUUGCAGAAUUUUGAUCUGGAUCAGUUCCUUAUGACGGAUGUGCCGUGGCCGUUGCCUGAGAUGGGCAUUUAG